UAUCCCAGCAACAUAUAACCGUUUGAGCCGGAGGAGGAUUUCCUGCAUGCUCUCUGUCUCUGUCUYAGCUUUGGAGACACACACGGUGACUUCCCAUCAUCACUAGAAACAACAUGGAAUGACCUGUUCAAGACUUCAUUAACCAAAAUAUCUCAGGGUUGGGAGCCAUGGAGACGAAUGGGUCAGUGAUGUCUCUGCAGGAUGGAGAGAAGACUCGUCUGAGUUCAGGUUCCAAUGAAACUUCCACACGCUACGGUUCCAUAGCUGACAGCCUUCCUACUGAUGAACCAUCCACAGUGGAGACAACAGUCCUCUCUCCACGACGCUCCUAUAUAACAGUAGCUGUGCUCUGUUAUGUCAACUUAAUCAAUUACAUGGACCGAUACACAAUCGCAGGGGUCCUUCUCAGUAUCCAGAAGUUCUUUGAUAUAACUGACAGCACGUCUGGACUACUACAAACAGUUUUCAUCUGCAGUUUCAUUAUUUUGGCUCCAAUCUUUGGGUACCUUGGCGACCGCUACAACAGGAAGUUCAUCAUGAUUGGCGGGCUGAGUGUGUGGGUGGUGAUGACUCUGGGCAGCUCUUUUGUCACAGAAUCGUAUUUCUGGCUGCUGUUGCUGUUGAGAGCCCUGGUGGGGACAGGAGAGGCCAGCUACUCCACCAUCGCCCCUACCAUCAUAGGAGACCUGUUCUCUGGAGCCAAGAGGACCGUCAUGAUCUCUGCCUUCUACAUCUUCAUCCCUGUUGGAAGUGGUCUGGGAUACAUAAUAGGAUCCUCUGUUGCCAAUGCCACUGGAGACUGGCGUUGGGCCUUGCGGCUCAAUCCCAUCCUGGGUUCCCUGGGUCUGAUCCUGCUGGCUGUGUUGUGCCCCAACCCCCCACGAGGGGCCUCUGACGCCCAUGGAGGAAGUACCAUAGAGCACACCUCUUACCUGGAGGACGUCAAGUACCUUCUGAAGAAUAAGAGUUUUGUGUGGUCGUCUCUGGGAGUUACUGCCAUGGCUUUUCUGACUGGAGCUCUGGCCUUCUGGACACCCACCUUCCUGAGCCGAGCUCGGGUCACUCAGGGCAUCCAGCCACCCUGCGACACCUCCGACAGUUACAUCUUCGGGGUGGUGACGGUGGUGACGGGUAUUCUGGGUGUUUCGUUGGGCAGCACCAUCUCCAGGAGACUGAGGGACAGGGUGCCCAACGCAGACCCCCUCAUCUGUGCUGUGGGCAUGCUCAGCUCCGCCCCCUGCUUCUUCGCCGCCAUCGUACUGGCGUCUACAAGCAUCCCUGCCACUUAUGUGUUCAUCGGCAUUGGGGAGACUCUAUUGUCACUGAACUGGGCCGUUCUAGCUGAUAUCCUACUGUAUGUGGUGGUGCCAACCAGGAGAGCUACAGCUGAAGCUCUGCAAAUCAUGGUCUGUCAUCUCCUAGGAGAUGCCGGAAGCCCUUACCUGAUAGGAGCUAUCUCAGACGCUCUGCGUACAUACCAGCCUGACUCUCAUACGUGGAGUUUUCGUAGUCUGGAGUACAGUUUCCUGCUCUGCCCUUUCGUAGGGGUCCUGGGUGGACUCUUCUUCCUCAUGACAGCCCUCUACAUCACAAAGGACAGGAAGAACGCAGAGCUACUCACUGCAGGGGUGUGUGAUCCAGUACAUCCUCCUACUCAGUUUAGUGCUAUGGCAGGCUCCACAGAUUGCUGAGGUGAAACUGGGAUCCUUGGAGGACACUCAGGCUAGAGGAAGAUAUUUUACAUUAGAUGUUGUUUGGUAUGUGACCAAACUGAGAGUUCGGGUGACUGACUGUAGUACCCCAGACCACACUAUACGAGAAAAUAAUGGAACUGGUAAAACAAUUUUCAUAUAGAACGAUUCCAAAGCUGCACACUGAUCCAAAGAAAAUGAGUUGUGGUCCAUCUGUUGUUAAAUGAUGUGCCUUUUAUUACAAAAAAUGUACACCAUUUUAUAA